AUGAGCUCGAAAGAGGCACCGUCACCUAAGAGACGCGAGUCUCGUUCGGGGACAAGGAAAGUCUCUUCAUUGUCGGCUGAACAGUUGGAAAGAAAGCGCGCCAACGACCGAGAGGCCCAACGAUCCAUCCGCCAACGAACCAAGGAUAAUAUAGAACAGCUUGAGGCUCAAGUCUCUAGCCUCCAGUCCCAACUAGAAGAUAUGCGGCUCCGGACUGAGAGAUAUAACGAAGUCAUGCAACAGAAUGCCUUUUUGGAAAAUGAAAUGAGCCGACUAAAGCGUCAAAUUGCUUUGUUCACUGGAAGACCGGAAUAUACAGGCAGCAGUGAACAAAUGGCUCCGAUUCAAAGCGGGUGGUCUUUAGAGGAAGCGCCGAGCAGUGAUUCACCCACAAUUCCUACGACAGGGUUGUUAUUGUCGCCGCAUUUCACAGAGGCAUCUAACACUCGAACGUCAUCUGUUCUCUCAUCGUCAAGCCGGGCAUCUCAUCCGUAUGACUGGCAACGACCAUAUCCAUCAACCAGAUCACCCUCGCUCGGUGCAUCUUCCGAAGAGUUUCCUAAUCGCCUCGAUCCAUAUAUUGUAGAUGGUCAAGUCCAUCAGGGCGCACGAAUUUCGCCCUCUUCGAUUCCAGAUUCAGCACCUCAGAUCGGGUUUAGCGCAACCUCGGCGCCACCUCAAGUUGAAUCUUCAUUUGCCCAGUUUCCUUACAGCAACCGAUCGCUUUCCAUGUCAAAUGCCACGCCUGUUACUCAGUCGGCUCUUGCUCAAACAUAUCACACCCCGGCGCCGCCAUUUUCGCAAACCGCACAGUCCCAACGAGACCCGACAUAUCCCUAUCCAUGGGGGUCCCAGUCAUGA